GGCGGGCCAGCAACGCCGCCCUCCCUCCCCUCACGGCCGCAGGCAGACGGGGCGGGAGCGACGGCUGCGCCGCUAUGGAGGUGGAUGUGGCGGAGGACGAGAAGGCCGGGCCGUCGGCAGGCGAGAAGCGGGGACCCGCCGACUCCGCAGGGGCCGCGCCCGGCGGCGGCGGCGGCGGCGGCCACUACGAGCUGCCCUGGGUGGAAAAAUACAGACCCAUGAAACUGUCUGAAAUAGUUGGAAAUGAAGAUACUGUGAGCAGGUUGGAGGUCUUUGCAAAAGAGGGGAACGUACCAAAUAUUAUAAUUGCUGGCCCUCCAGGAACAGGUAAAACCACCAGUAUCCUGUGUUUGGCUCGUGCUCUGCUUGGUCCUGCAUUAAAGGAUGCUGUUCUGGAGCUGAAUGCCUCAAAUGACAGAGGCAUUGAUGUUGUAAGAAACAAAAUCAAAAUGUUUGCCCAGCAAAAGGUCACACUUCCAAAAGGUCGACAUAAAAUAAUCAUCCUUGACGAAGCAGACAGCAUGACAGAUGGAGCACAGCAAGCAUUGAGAAGAACAAUGGAAAUUUAUUCCAAAACCACGCGCUUCGCACUGGCGUGCAAUGCCUCUGACAAAAUCAUAGAACCUAUUCAGUCUCGGUGUGCAGUGCUGCGUUACACCAAGCUGACAGAUGCACAAAUACUCGCCAGGCUACUGAAAAUUGUUGAGAAAGAGGAUGUAGCAUAUACAGAUGAUGGACUAGAAGCCAUUAUUUUCACAGCCCAAGGUGAUAUGAGACAGGCAUUAAACAACCUACAGUCCACAUACUCUGGAUUUGGCUUUAUAAACAGUGAAAACGUCUUUAAGGUAUGUGACGAGCCUCAUCCUCUGCUUGUGAAGGAAAUGAUACAACACUGCAUAAAUGCAAAUAUUGAUGAAGCAUACAAGAUUCUUGCCCACCUGUGGCGCCUUGGAUACUCUCCAGAAGAUGUCAUUGGCAAUAUCUUCCGUGUGUGUAAGACCUUUCAAAUGCCAGAGUAUCUGAAACUGGAAUUUAUCAAGACUGGGGAAGUAAACAGAAGACAAUGUCUCUGCCACCAGGAGAUUGGGUACACUCACAUGAAGAUAGCAGAAGGUGUGAACUCCCUUUUACAAAUGGCUGGGCUGCUGGCCAGGCUGUGCCAGAAGACUGCAGCCCCUGCAGCCAGUUAGGCACCUCCUCGAGCCUGCUGGGAAGAAACCAGGUUGUGUUGCAAAAAUGUUUCAUACUUUUUUUUUAUUUGGACCAAUAAAGCUCUAAAAUUUACUUUAA